GCUAUGGACUAUGCAGUAAUUAAUAAUUGUCGACUUUUUCUCUUUCCUGCUGAAUAAAAACGCGUGAACGUUGAAUAAUUGGAUUGAGUAAUACAUAUAUUAAAAUUAUUAGUGUAGUUGACAGGUUUGGGAAAAUAAAAAAAAAAAUGUUGGGUCAUACAUCAUCUGGAGGAAAAUACAGUGAAAAAAAUCCCCACUUAAAACCAAAAUGUAUAUUGGCAACUCAAUUCUUGCAAAGUGACGGACGUUAAAUCACGCUGCUCCCACCAAAUCAGACGUAAAUCCAAAGCCAAAAAACGUCAAUAAAAAAUUCCAAUUGCCACCUGGCUCUUUUAUCUUUGUCAACCCUGGGCAAAGUCUUUUUUCGCCACAAAGUCGUCGUUGAAACGUCUAUUUCCCGCUGCUACAAAAGUACAAACUGCAACGAGAAGGAAAUUAACCGAGGAAUAACGUUAGUUUUCAAAUAAACUGGGACAGUUAAAAAACUUAAAAGCAGUAAAAAAAUGGAAGAACAGAGAAGGUUGAUCGUUCCAGCUAAUCAAGCACGGAAAGGUAAAACUUUAAAAAGGCCAAAAGAGAAGGAAAGGGGAAACGGACUUGAAAUUCUUACGAGUCAAAUACAGUACGCUGCCUGCUCUGUAAUCCGACUCUCUCUCUCUCGCUCUCGAUUCAGAUAGCAGGGAAAGUGUUUUUUUUUUUUUUGUUUUUUUCUAAGUUGGGAAAACGCGGAAAACGGUGCCGUACAUGCGCUUGUGAGAGAGAGAGAGAUGGCAAUAGAAACUGAGCAAAAGUCACCGUCCGAUGGAAAAGUUUGGGGAUUUUUUAAGCUGCCCUUUCGACAAACCGGGAACAACACUGCUACAACGACCUCUUCUUCCUCGGUGUUGAAUCUUCAAAGUCAAAGUCAACCCCAUGUCGAGGGAUCGAACAAUCACGCCUCUGCUAAUUCGGUUUCCUCCGUUGCGAAGUCGCUUUUACCGACUCGGCGUCGCCUCAAGCUUGAUCCGGCUAAUAAGCUCUAUUUUCCAAAUGAGCCUGGCAAACAGGUGAGGAGCGCGGUCAGGAUAAAAAACAGCAGCAAGUCAUAUACUGCUUUCAAGUUUCAAACAACAGCACCAAAGAGUUGUUUCAUGCGCCCUCCAGGUGCUAUUCUUGCCCCUGGCGAGAGCAUCAUUGCAACGGUCUUCAAGUUUGUGGAGCUUCCUGAGAACAAUGAAAAACCUAUGGAUCAAAAGAGCAAGGUUAAGUUUAAAAUCAUGAGUCUCAAGGUGAAGGCUCCGAUGGAAUAUGUACCCGAGCUGUUUGAUGAGCAGAAGGAUCAAGUAGCAGUAGAGCAAAUAUUACGGGUUGUUUUUCUAGAUCCCGGGCGCUCUUGUCCUGCAAUGGAAAAAUUGAAGCGCCAAUUAGCUGAUGCCGAUGCUGCACUUGAGGCACGCAAAAAGCCUCCAGAGGAUUCAGUUCCAAAGAUUAUUGGGGAAGGACUUGUCAUAGAUGAAUGGAGGGAGCGAAGGGAAAGAUACCUUGCUCGACAGCAGGUUGAAGGAGUAGACUCAGCUUAAAGUGGCAAUUCUUCAUCAGUUUCUUUGUCGUGUGAUUGAAAUUUUAUAUAAUUGUCUCUAGCUUAUACCUCUCAAAUCUUUUCAUGUAACGUGGAGGGUGUUGUCUUGGAAGAAUGAUUAGGAAAUUCAAAUCUUUUGUUGUAUAAAAGUGAGCUGAAUUUUCUAUAAUUGGAGACUUGAAACUUGGCUAGUUUCCAUUCGCGUUGUAGAUAAUGUGAUUAGGAUUGUUCAUGGGAUGUAAUACACUAAAUGGAUCUCAAAGUGAGUAGGAUUGUUUCAA